AUGAUCAUUAUAUGGGGGAAACGGCGGACAAGGUUCAUCGCUGUCGGAAUUCUGUCCCUCGUUCUCAUCGUCGGCAUUCACCUGCUCGAUUUCGCAAACCCCUUUUCCAAUCCUGACGACCUGUCCGCUUCAAUGGAUGUAAUCAGUGCUUGCGCUACCUCUGACUUCGAACACCCCAACGACUCUAAUUCUGUUGCCGUCCCACAAAUCCCUAACGUUGUUCAUCAAAUAUGGAAAACAAACGACCUCCGAACCUACUCCACACAAAUGACCGCGUCGCACGACCAGUGGAAGCAAGCUCUCGAUCCCCUAAACUAUACAAUCAAGCUCUGGACAGACGACGACAUCCUCCAACUCAUCAAUGGAAGUUACCCUUGGCUUUCAUCGACGUAUGAGGGCUACCCCCAAAACAUACAACGUGCCGACAUCGCCAGGCUGCUUGUCGUCCACGCAGAGGGAGGGAUCUACGCAGACCUCGACGUCUACCCAACCUCGGCCACUCAAAUACAAUGCCUGCAAAGUCUCAACCUAGAGGCUAUAUUCGCCCCAGUGUCGGGUACCCUCGGGCUGAGCAACCAUUUCUUCAUGGCCGAGCGCGGAUCUCCAUUCCUCCAGUGGGCGCUAUACGAGGGCAAGCGCCGCGGCGGUGCGACGUCUCGAUUCAUCCCUCUACCGUAUCUGCGAGUCUUUUGGUCCACAGGGCCUACGAUGGUGACGGCAGCAUUUCGAAAGUAUGCAUGGCUAUACGGUACCCUUCAGCACAACCUGGGCUUGUUAGAUGAUGGAUAUUCAACAGCGGUGAUACAGCACAAGGCAGGCAGGUCGUGGCAUGGAUCGGACGGGCAGGCUUUUAAUUAUAUAGCGGACCAUGUGAGGAUGGAUAGCGUGGUAGUGAUCGUUGCUUUCUUUUCUAUUAUAUUGGGAGUCGCCUAUGUUGUGAGAAGACGUUACUUUUGA